CGCUCUGGAAGACGAGCCGCCCAGCAGGGACGUGCUGUUGGACCCAGGUGAAACAUCGGCGAUGGCGGGCGCUAAGCGGGCUGUGGCGCUGGCCGCCGCCGAGGCUGGCCAUUUCGGCCCUGAGGUGGCGGCGGCAGCGUGGGCGUCGGCGCUGCCGGCGCGAAGCCGCCCCUUCGUUGGGGACCCUGGCGGCCAGGGCCGGGCGGAGCCGCUGGCCGCGGCUUUCCCCUGCCUCGCCUUGGCGGGAAACAAACGCCGCCUGCAGACGGUCGGGGAUCUGCUGUCGGCGCUGUCGGCGCGGGAAACCGUCGAUGCCCGCAGGGAGAAUCGGCGGCUGAGACCAACAUACAGCAAAUCAGAUUGGGGCGUAUGCGCAGGGCCAGCAGCGACGACAGCAACAACAUCAGCAACAGCAGCAACAACGGCAGCAGCUGCAACGCACGGCAAUGGCGGCAGCAGCAACAGCGGCAACAGCAGGCAGGGGCAGCAGCAGGUAGGGGCAGCAGCGGCAGCAGCGCAGCAGCGGCAGCAGCAGCACCAGGGGGGACGAGCAGCAUAG